AUGGCAGACUACAAUUCUCUCUAUCAGCAAGGUCUUUACCUUUCUCCUGGCCAGCAGGAUCUUCUCCUCGCAGCUCUUUCAUCCAACAACCCCCCUCAGAAACAGCAAAACACCCCCCAGAAUCCAAAGCCGAAGACAGACCCCGAAGGCACUCCGGGUUAUAUGUCAUCGGGGAGCUUUAGUGUUUCUCCCGGGUUUGAUCGUUCUCAGCAUUCCGGAACCCUGGGAUUUGAAGAUGAGAGUCCUUUCCUGGACUUCCACCCGGACCUGGACUUUGAUUUUCAGGGAUCUGAGAGCCUAAUCGGUGAUUUGCCCGGAAGUAUUCCAUCGGAGGACCACGAGGUCGGCGGGAAGAGAAAGGAUCUGGAUGGACGCUCGGAUAACGAUAACGAAGACUCGGGGAAGAAGCGAAGAGAAAGUGAUGACAAAACAGCCAAGAAACCGGGUAGGAAGCCCCUGACCUCCGAACCUACUACGAAGCGUAAGGCACAGAACCGCGCUGCCCAGCGGGCGUUCCGUGAGCGCAAGGAGAAGCAUCUGAAGGAUCUAGAGACGAAGGUCGAGGAGCUACAGAAGGCCUCUGAUGACGUGAAUCAGGAAAAUGGAUUGCUCCGUGCUCAGGUAGAGCGCCUGCAGGUUGAGCUGAGAGAAUAUCGUAAGCGUCUCUCGUGGAUGACCACCGGAAGUGGUCUUUCUGCCAUGAACGCGAUUCCGGGCGCCUAUGCCAAGGGUGCGUCGGGCCUGAACAAUAAUGAAUUCAUGUUCGACUUCCCGAAAUUUGGAGAUCUACCGGCUGCGCAUAUCUUCAAUAACGGCCAGCUGGCCAAGUCUAAUUCGAACAAUUCCAAAGAUGAGCCUACCACACAGCGGAGUGAUUCUCAUGUUCCUGGUAUCCUGAACCGCAAUUCGCUUCGAUCAGUAUCUGGACAGGCGUCCAUUAGGUCCACCAACACUCCAAGUGUUAUGACCGUCACAUCAGCCGACGGAACUCCUUCCUCCACGAAUAGCGCCUCUAGGAGCCAGGCAUCUAAAUAUUCCUCGGCAUAUAUUACUAAACAGGCAUUGUCUACGCACGAUUCAACGACCUCAGGUUCCCCCUCGUCGUCAUCGGAUUCACACCAGAGCCAGCUGUUGUCCUCUAGUGGCACCUCACCCGAGCCGACUACGAACUCACCCGUGGUCAAGUCUCAUGAGAAUGGGCAUACCUGCACUUACAGUACCAUUGAUGGUGAGGCAUCCUUCUGCGCUCAGCUUGGUAUGGCGUGUGGUAAUAUCAAAAAUCCAGUCCCAGCUGUGCGGCACAGCAGUGAGAGUGUGUCAAACACGCCCGGUCAGACGACCAAUCCCGAGGGGCAAACGGAUCCGUCUGAUUUUGCGCUUGGACUGGAUAUCCUUGCCCAGCAAAAUGGCGGGCAGUUUGACCCAGUGCUGUUUGGGGAUUGGCGAGAACCCCAAGAUGCCAUCUUGUCGCAGGACUUUGGCACUUUCUUUGACGAUGCGUUCCCGUUGCCCGAUCUGGGAAGUCCUUCGCAUAACUUAAGCGAGGUUACCAACCAACAACAGCCACCCAAGAAAGAUCUCGUCGCAACAAUUGAUCAAAAAUUGGACGAGGAUGAAGUGGUGCCUGGAGAAGACAAGUCGCAGAUGCUAUCGUGUACUAAAAUUUGGGAUCGUUUGCAAUCCAUGGAGAAGUUCCGCAACGGAGAAAUCGAUGUCGACAAUCUCUGCUCCGAACUGCGGACUAAAGCUCGGUGUUCUGAGGGCGGCGUCGUUGUGAACCAGAAGGACGUCGAUGAUAUAAUGGGACGCGCUCAUUAG